CUAUGUGUUUAUACCGAACAUUAGUUUUUACUUUGUCACUGUCAUUAUUUUAGGUACCAUUGGAAAAGGAGGAGAGAUGACAGGGCAAACAAGCCACCAGUUCAAAUUGGUCCCCAUGACACUCCAGAAGAACCAGGAGAAUCCAGCAUGGAACACUGCAAUGCACAAGAAGACAUCCCCAGUUCCAAGGAAAGAAUAUGAUGAUCUCAACAUGAGGCACCAUCAACUUCAAGAGGAAUAUGUCAACCUGCAGCAGGACUUCGGCAAACUGCAGACUGAGAAUCAAAAGCUUAAAGAGGAGCUGGAAAGAUUGACGUUUUCCUAUGCAAACGUUAAGUCCAACAUAGCAAAACUAAUUUUUUUCACAGGACUAACAUCUGCUCUGUUUCAGUGGCUGCUAACAAUAAUAUCAGAUAGUGUAGAGAGAGUAAGCCAGAAAAUUAGUAAGGAGGACCACUUAUUGAUUGUCCUAAUGAAAUUACGGUUAGGCUUAAGUAACAUUGACUUGGCUUUUAGGUUCAAUAUAUCCAAAACCACCAUAUCAAAUAUUUGUACAAGCUGGAUACCUGCCAUGGCCAUUAUUCUCAAGCCGCUCAUUAAGUGGCCAAGCAAGGGAGCCGUACUUAAAAAUAUGCCUAAAAUCUUCAAGCGUAACUUAAAAGAUGUCGGUGCAUCAUAGAUUGUACUGAAAUUU